UUAACCAAACCACCCAGCAGCCGCCGUCGCCGCCGCUCGCCGAAGCAUUGCCUCCGACGAAUCCCCACCUCCGCCGUCAUCCUGCUGCUAUACAAUCCCACCUCCACAUGCCCUCCAGCCAUCGCUGUAUCAUUCCCGGUUCGUUACCGCAUCUGACGACGAAGGCCGAGCGAAUCCCCACCUGCCCGCCAUCCUUCGUCUCCUCGUGGUUCGCGGAGCUGGGUUGCUGAGCCUGCUACUCUCUCUCGGGUUAGUUCUGUUCUUCGGUCUCUCGGAUUCGAUUCAGUCCUGCAGAGGAGAACCAGCAGUGCUCGGAGUUCUUUGGGCAACUGGAUCGAUUCAAAGUCUGAACCUUUUUGGGGAGUGGCGUAAUCGGAGUCGGAUUUCCGUCACAGAAUCAGCUCCCAGCAGAGGAGGGGAGGCCACCCAUAAGUACACCCAAGAGCCUGCCUGGCCGUGCUCUCCGUGUGGCCCAUCCAGGAUUGUAACCUUCCAACAAGCAAUUGUUGUUCUGAAAGAGCCGAUUUAUUAUCUCCAAUGGGUGGUACUGUAGCGUAUCCAAGAUUUCGAGUCUAGCCAUCCACCGGAGGAAUCUGCGUUCUCUGGUCUUCAUCAGAGUGCCUAAGCUGCUAGGUCGACAAAAUUCCUCAAAGUAGAUAUACAUGGACCACCGAUGGAGGUUGCAGUUGCCGAAUUACCAGUGCUGCCACAAGAUGUCCUGAUGUCCAUAUUUGCACACCUGGAGAUCCCUGACCUGAUGCGUGCCAGCUCCGUCUGCUCCUCGUGGCGCUCCGCGUAUUCCAGCCUGCGCAACCUUGAGCAGUACCAGCAGCGCCAGACGCCGUGCCUCUUAUACACAUCUGAAUCUGCUGGUGAAAGCAUUGCGUGCCUCUACAGCCUCUUGGAGAAGAGGUCAUACAAGUUGACUCUCCCGGAGCCACCUAUUCGCAGCAGGUAUCUGAUUGGGUCAUCAAAUGGCUGGCUGGUUACUGCUGAUGAGAGAUCCGAGAUGCAUAUUCUCAAUCCCAUCACAUGUGAACAGAUUGCUAUCCCGUCGGUGAUCACCAUCGCACAUGUGACUCCUGUUUUUGAUGAAAGAGGUGCCUUAUGUAAGUACAUUUCCUCUCGUGACACAGCGGAGCACCGUAGUACCACCGGCCCUCAACCCGUUGAUCUUGGCGAGCUGCAACACUACCUCCAGAAAAAGGCAUUUGUAUUUUAUGAUGCAUCUGCAGGAGGCUAUAUCAUGGUGCUUAUUCACAAUCCAGAUGGGCAGCUCUCAUUUGCUUGGUUAGGAGAUGACAAGUGGACCUGGCUGAAACCACAUUGUUUUUUUCAAGACUGCUUGUACAAAGACAGUAAGUUAUAUGCAGUGACAUUGCUAGGAGAAAUUCACGUCUUCGAUCUCAGAGGCCCUGUGGUCGCAGCAAAGGUAAUUACAGGCUGUGCAGAUAAUUACAGUUGUCGAACAAUUUACAUUGUUCAGGCUCCAUGUGGGGAUCUGAUGCAAGUUUUUAGAUCCCAAGAUGUGGUUCAUUAUGAUCCACGUGCUGACAAUGCAACACAUGUGCACUAUACUGAUGGGAUAAAAAUAUUUAAAGUUGAGAUUGUGGCUGAAAAGGUUAUGGAAAUAAAUAGCUUGAUGGAUCAUGUGUUGCUGGUUGGGCUGAACCAAUCACUUUGUCUCAGUGCUGAAGAAUACCCACAGUUGAAGGCCAACACCGUCUACGUUGCUGACGACCACGAGUAUCUAAACUAUUACAAGAAUAACCGCCGUGACAUUGCAGCUUUUGACUUGACACAUAACAGUAGUGAGGAACUUGACUCCCCUCAGCUUUGGUCCAACUGGCCUACUCCCAUAUGGAUAACCCCCAGUCUUACAAAAUGGCAUCCAACAUUGGACAGACAAUGAGUUUUCUUCAUGUCCAGAUAAUGAAAAACACACAACUAGUUUGGAGAUGGAGGUCUUCACAUAAAUGGCCAUAGGACAGGAAGAUCAUGAUGUUUUUGGCAUCUUCAUCAGUACUUUGAUGGAGAAUUAUGAGGGCAUGUUACUGCCUUUUUUGCUUGUCUAUGUUUAGUUUAUUCUUCUUUUGACUCUAGCAGCACCCUAUUUUCUGUUAUCUUUCACUUUGCUGCAUCAGUUAAUGAUCCACGGUGAGCAUCAAUACAUUUCCUCACACUGGCCCUUUCUCCAGAAAAUAUGAUAAGCCAUGCGGGCAACGUUCCGAGAAUAUACAUCUCUACGGCUGAAUUUCUUGAAAAGGGGAAUUAUCUUUUCACUUCAUUAACCAUAUUUUAUUUAUGCAUUAUCAUUGGUACAUUCCUGCAGUCAGUGCAAUCUAGAUAGAUGUAACAGAGGCACCUACUUAUGGUGGCCCCAUCAAUCUAUCCCUAUCUUGCUCUGUUUGCGCUGUAGUUCCAAACUGCAGUUAACUGUGUAAGCAAGAAGAAGGCUGCAAUGUAGGCAAGUGAUUCGUCUAUUCUAUUUGCUGUGAAAAUUAUUAUUGAAGUAAUCCAUCAAUGCACUCUUCUUUAUUAAUACGGCAAUCGAUUGUAUGCUUUUAGCCCUAUUGGAGAACACUCAUUUUAAACACAGGGAUAGUUGAUCAUUGACUUCAAGCGAUCUUGCUUAAUGUAGUGAAUGCUAUUGCACGACUCCACACUGUGGUGCAAGCCUGAUGUUGAAGAUAUUCAGAAGGCGAAACAAUCAACCUAAAGGAUCUGAUCCUUCAGUUUUAAAGAACUUCGCAAAUCACUCAGUUAUGGCAGAGGCUUGUGAUUGCUCACCAAGUCUUCAACCAUCACAGCACAAGCAGAAAGAAUCCAUAUUGCCCUCGGUAUUUGGUUCAGAAUAUCAGUAAAAGUGGAAACCCUCAGAUGUGAGGUGCAAGAAUCUGAGACGAGUAGGUUCGAUGCUGCUGAUCUUGCAAUGUGAAACAGGAGAAGUUUGAGCCAGAAGGAUAGACCAAUGAUGUUCUGCGGCUUUGGCCCUUGGUCUUUCUUUUGGCCUGUAAAACUUUUUCUAUUUUUUUAGGGGCAACCUUUUCUAUCUUUUCAAUAUAUUGAAACGCAAGCUG